AUGGGGCCGGCUAGCGUUAUUAUCCUCUGCGUCUUCCUCGCAGUGGUGGCUGCCGCCAUCUUUUACAUCCUAAUCACACGCGUCCAAGCAACACGUCUGGGACUCCCACCACCACCCAUUACCUCGUAUAUCCCUUUCUGGCCCGAGCGCUCCAACUCGCUUCCCUACGCUAACAACACCUCUUCUUCUUCCGGUGGUAUCAAAGGAUGGUUCGGCAGGUUCAAGAAGAACAACAAUCGCACUGCGGCAGGUGCCUACGAGCCUUCUGGCGGUAACCCCAACGCCGCCCAGAGCCGCGGCUUCGGACCCCUCGAUCCGGAUGAGGCAUGGGAUGCGCGCGUUGGACAUGAGGCGGAUGGCUAUGGACCUACAUACUACGAAGAGACGGAAAUGCAGCCCCCUCGGCACAACAACCUCGGCGAUAAUACCAGUUACGGAGGUAGCAGCUACCAGAUGAACAUCCCGACCAACCCAGACACCGCUCAGCCUGGCAUUAGCAACCCCUUCGCCGAUCCCGAUGAGGUUGAGAGAGGCAGGAGGAGGAGCCGUUCUCCUGGCCCGGUUGCAAACAAAGGAUUGAGUGCGCCCGCCUCCCAAAACCCGUUCGAUGAUGCUGCCGCGGAUUCCGGCAACGCUGCCAUGAGAGGUGUCAGCCCCCGUCCGAUUGAGGGCAGCAGAACCUCAAAGCCGAUUGGUCACAACAAUGGCGAGCCCGAGAGCCCAGCAGAGAGAAGAUCGAUCUUCAGGGAAGACGUUUGA